AUGUCUCUCUUCUAUCCUCUGAUUUCCGCUCUGGACAGUUUUAACAAGCGCAAAUCCCUCCCUAUUGAGACCCUUAACACGGUUCUCGAGAACAUGGCUACGUAUUUAGAGAAUUUGCCACGGCUGACAGACGAACAGAAGUGGAAUAGCUUCAUUUCCUCCGGAUGGGCUGAAUUAAUGCCGCUGUUUGAGACAUUCUUCCGAAAACUUGCACAAAUUCGACCCCUUCCGACCAACCUUGCUGCAACUCUUCGUUCCAUGAUCUGCAUCCUCCGCGCACCGACCAGUUCUACUAUAAAGCAAGGUGUGACAGACGCCUACGCCACCAUCCUUCGAUUGGUGAUCGAACAAUGCCAAGUGGACUCCUCACUUCUCAUUGAAAUCUGCUCGCUCUGUAAUCGAACUUUUAAGGAGAGGGCCAAAUCUCAGUUGACCAAAAUCGUAGUGGAGUCACUCAUGAAUGCGCUGAAGUUUCGCAUCUACCUUCCGGACGAAAAUUUGCUGAAAACGCUCCAGCUUGUAAUAAUGGACGCAGGUGGAACACUGGAGCCUAAUCAGAUUUCGCCCAGUCUGACAGACAUCUUCAAUCCGCAGACAUUCCACCUCUUUUCAACUGGAGCGGCCGAAUUGAUGAGGCCGCACAUCGUAGAUUGCUUAAACAUUCUUUCCGAUGUUCACAUGAUUCGCAAGUGUGGGAUACUGAUCGAGAGUACAAAUUUGAAACAGGUGAAACAGGCUCAAAAGACGGCUGCCCAACCGUUGCAAUCCGUGAAUCCCAAUGACGGGAACAGCGGUGCGGGGACAGGCAGUCAGUGGACAUCAACAAUGGGUCUUUCCAGUAGUGGAAUGCAAAAUUCGGGUUUUGCCAAUUCCAGUAGCUGCCCACCUACAGCUGCGGCCAACUUGCCCUCCUUGCACGAAGACACUAUUGGGGCUCACCUCAAGUCCGGUCUUGCGCAGUAUGUGGCCCUUGAACUUUCACGUCAUUCCAACGUCAAAGACGAGGACGUCCUCCAUAUGCUCUCUCCGGGUCUUCUCACCGAGGACUCGAGUUCUGGAAUUUUCGAUCCACCCAUGAGACGAGGAGGCAUCACCAGUAGUGGUAGUGGGAAGCAGACCACUUCAUCAAUGGCUUCAACUGCUCAACAACAACAGCAGCAACAACAACAGUGUCAGCAAUCACAGCCUUCAGCUCCAAAACUCUCCGGUUCCCUUUCUACAGGUGGUAGCUUUCGUAGUGUGGGUCAAUUUAGUGGAGGGGGAAGCUUUAGUGGAGGACGUCAGUUCGGUCGUAACUCCACUUCUCUCACUUCUGGUGGAGGUGACGGUGCAGGGAGUGAUGGCGGAUCGGUUUACUCAGUACCAAAAGUCUCCACAUCUAGUGGUGCAACUUGCGGUGCUGGGGGCGCAGCUAGUGGCGGAGGCCACAUUUCAUUGGCGGUUCCAAACCUUGCAAGUCGAAGUCCCAGUAUUGCCUCGGUACUAGCAACACCUGGUGGAAUAGGUCAACAAUCCAUCAUGUCAAUUGGACAUUUUGCAUUAGUGCCAACUUUGUCCCACACCACGAGACUGGAUGCACCGAUUCUGCAGUACCUACCGUGGCUCAAAUCUAUUCCCACUUUUAUGCAGCAAGGACCGCGAGACUUUUUGCUGUGCUUGGAGCGAGUUAGGACUCUGACGUGGCUCCUCCUUGGCGCCACAAUGCACACUGCUCUCACACGUGACGCCACCGGUCUCACUUGCCGACCUCUCCCCUUCACUUUCGUCAACUCGGUCGCCGACCUUGUCAAGUUUCUCAUUUCUGGCUUUCCAGAUCAGCAAAAAGUGCGUCCAUCAAAAUUUUCUCGUGUCGUGUUAUAUUUCAGAAUUACCUAUUAA